AUAACUUCCUCAGGUUCUAUAAAACUUGACUGUAGUUAGUCCAUCGAUCAGCUACGUGACAUUCCUUGUACCUCAAUAUAUUUUGCAUCAUUAUGAACCUCAAUCCUUAUCAUUGAAACGUUAUCAGGAUCCGUGUAUCAAACCAGCUGCCUCAUUAAGUCCGCGAUAUCGAACGAAAUCAUACAUUUUUUGUAUCUUGAACGAUCUGUGAUUUUCUUUAAUAAGUAACUAUUGUUGAAGUUUUAAUGUGCUCAAGUGCGGCUCUAAAGUGUGACUGAUUGUCACGAGCGUAUUAUUGUGUUUUUGUUAAACAUUAUUGUUUUUAAUAUCUUCUGUAAGCUCUCCCAAAAUGAGUUACCCAGCAAACCCACCUCCUUACUCGGCCACGGAACCAGUCCAAGUGAUUCAGCUUCAGCCAAUAGCAGUGCGCCCUGAUCUGGGAUCCACAACGGUCAUAGUGGGCCAACCACCACUAGAUUCUGUACCUUCUUUAGUGGUCUGCAGAUCUUGUCAUUACCAAGUACUGACUACUGCGAGAGCCAGGCCGACGUCUCAGACACAUCUUUGGGCACUGUGCCUUCUUGUUUUUGGUUGCUGGCCUUGCAUAUGGAUUCCUUACUGCACACCUUCCUGCAUGAGAGUCGACCACUACUGUCCGAACUGCAACGCGUACCUCGGCAAAUACCCUAACUAAAACAAUAGCUGAUUUUUCAAUAGAUAUUUCUAUGGAAAUUUUUGGAUUAUUACCAUAAUAUCACGUGAUAUUACACAACUUAAGGAAA